CAUGUACCAUCAUGAUGGAGUCUCUCAUAUCUCCUGUAUUAGCCGCUGUUGUCGCCAUUGGAACCUGGAGCUUUUAUGCUGUCUGUCUGCAGUCUCCACGACAACCAGCCUGGCCAAAGCCCGAGUAUCUUACUAGAACAAGGAAAAGCAGAAGGAGUGCGGCACAGGGGCCGCCCCACCGAGCAUGGGUUAAUGAUUUGAAGGACUGGACAGAUAAGAUGUCAGCCCAGCAGACUAGACUGGCCGAAGACCGUCAGAAGUGGAAGUCACUUGUCUUACUGCCCCUACGGCUUCCUGAGCUACGGGACUGAUGGUUGGAUGGAUCAGCCUGAUAAAACAACAUGAGGCUUACAGACAGCACGUGACACCAAUAAAGAAGAUGUGUCCUUCCCUCACCACUUUUGAUGACUUUACUCCCGUGGGAGACAAACAACCAGUCCAGAAUGUACCAGCCUUCUUCAAAAGUCAUGGGAAUGAGUUCUCUGUGUACACCAUAGACUGGGAACAAGAGUCAGUAGUGCUCAUCCGACCUGUGAACGGCACAGACCUGAAAAAAGAUCCCUUCUUCUGCCAGGCCCAGAGGCAGAAUGCUACUGAAGUUCUUGUUGUGCCGAUUGAGGAGCUACAAGCUGUAGCAGACGUCGUCUCUGACAAAGUCUCGCAUGUUCAGGAGGUUUUUGUCUUCAACACAGCCCGAUGUGGUUCCACUCUGCUGACCCAAGCAGUAGAAGCCUCUCCGGUUGCCCAAGCUGCCAGCGAACCGCUCGUGUUUGAUCUCAUCUUCCACCAGAUCCUCCGACUGAGGCGUGGGUCUCCCUCCCCACACAAUGCCGCUGCCGUCCUGCGGGAUGAAGAAACUGCUGUGUCCCUGCUGAGAAAUGUUGUCUCCUUGCUGAACUAUUACCUUAUCACCUCAGACCAGCCGCACCGCUCUGUUGUAGUGUACAAGUUCAUGGCCCAACCUAUCCUGGUUGCUGACAUUGUAUUCCGUGCCUUCCCUGAUGCCAAAACUGUUUUUUUGUACAGAAACGGCCUGGAGGUCUACGAGUCUUGGGUACAUGUUAUGUUCAAGCACCAUAUCAUCUACACAGUUUUUAAGCUGACCAUACGUCUUGGUUUGUGGAAAUUGGCUCCCAAACUUCCCGAGCUCUUCAGGUUUUUCGGAGACGACCCGAGAUUUUCUACUAUCCGUUACCAUGGUUCACCUGUGCACUACUUGAUGACUCUGUGGGUUGGUGCAAUGCAGUGUGCCGUGCAGUUGCAGAGGGAGAACCCACAGUACUUCUUCCAUGCAGUGGUCCACUACAAAGCCUUAGUGAGACGUAAGGAGGGAGCGAUUCGAGAGCUGAUGGAGAAACUUGCGAUAGAGUGGAGGAAAGAUGAUCACGGAGAGGAGAGAAUCAAAAGUGCCUUUGUGGAAGACAGCCAGGCAGGAGCCUUUCAGUCUUCUGGAAGGAGCCGCCCAGGAGAAAAGUGGCGACCACAAAGCUCCUCAUGGAUGGGUACUUGGGAACGAGAGUACAUCUGUGACGUCUGCAGAAAAUCUGGGAAUGAUAUAGUCGACCCUGACGUCAUUCUGCCAGACACCAUGAUGUAACUUAGGAAGUGGGGAUAUUAAGGAAAGGCUCCAGUUACAAACGAUCUAACUAACUAACUAACUAGCUAACAAAUAAACGAUCAUGACAUGUUUCCUUCUUUAUACCUUGAUCCUUUAACCCAGUCCAGGGUCAUGACAUGAUGGCAGAGAAAUUGCCAUGGGGUCUUCAGUAAGCUAAUGUUUACUAUACCUGUAUUGUGUUGUAUUGUAUUGGUUCUAAGAUAAGGUAUUGUAUUGAGGAAUAUAAUCCAGUCAUUCUAUCGCUGAGAUAGCUAAUAGUUUAACAUUAUCAAUAUUCUCUACAGAGGUAGAGCAAUAAAUCGUUGUCCCCGAAACCCGGGACAACGUCCUAUACAAGGGACGUCCCUAUUAAACCUAAGCUUGCUAUCACAUGUCGCAAACGGCACACAAAUCGACUUAACAUUAAGACACAUGAUUGUAUUCGAAAUAGAAAUGUACAAACUUCCCUUCAUACCAAUAACGUUGCACUCCAAAAUGCCCCUAUAGUUAAUGCAGGCAGUGAAAUCAUGGAACAGCAAUCAUUUGACCGAGCCUUACGGCUCGAUGGGAAGCACUCAAUACCUGCACCUUGUCUAGUGUCGUAUUACAUGUAGCUUUGUUACAGUUAAAGUUGACGACAUUUUACCGAAUGGAAGAAAAACUCAUCUUCGCAAAAGUUUA